AGGAUGCAGCAGUACGACGAGGACGCCCCCCUCGACGAAGAAACCGCCGCCGCCACCUCCGGGGAGAGGUCGGCAGAUGGCGGCACGAACGGCCGCCACGAAGAUGAGGAUGAAGACGUCGUUCCCGCCGCGACGCCACGUGACAAGACGGCGGCCGCCAACGGCGUCGCGGUCAGUGCGAAUCGGGACGGUGGCGGCGGCAACGGCGUCCAGGUGCAGCGCGGGAACCACAGACGUGACGAGCCCGAUUCCGACGACGAAGACGAGGAGGUCGCCAACUCUAACGGUGGCUACUGGAGAUCAGCGGUGGCCUCGAGGCCUAGCACACCCCCCAUGGCGGAUAAUGCCAGUGAUGCCUCCUCCAUGAUGCCUCCGGCAAGGCCAAAGAGUCGCGUGGAGAUGGCGACCAGCCGAUACAGCAACUUGUCGUACUGGAAAGCUAGAAGAGUCGUCUUCUACAAGAAUGGAGAUCCGUUCUUUCCUGGAGUUGAAUUCAGAUUCAAACCAGGAAGAGACAUUGUUAGUCUGGAAUCUCUCUUGGACAAACUUUCCUUGCGGAUGGAUUUACCAAGAGGAGCAAGGUACAUUUUCUCCAUGGAUGGUGAUAGGAAAUACAGGCUUGAUGAGUUAGAGGAUGGCGCUUCCUACGUUGUGUCUUCAUACAAAGCAUUCAAAGCUGCCAGUUACGGUAAAAAGAACGGAAUAUGGUACGCCGCCCCCGGAGGGCAGGGAUGGAGCAAAGCGACAAGCAGGAAGGCGUCAAUAGUAGAAACGGACGCUCCUCCCCCAGGGGGUGGACCUGUCAAACCGAGCUCCGGUAGAGUAAUUAGGAUAAUAAAUAAUAUGGACCACACAGUACAGUGUCGCGUCCUUCUCAAUCUUCGAACCUCCCAGCCCUUCGAAGAAGUCCUCGAAGACCUGGGACAAGUCCUGAAGAUGAACGGCGCGAAACGAAUGUACACCGUCUCCGGGCAGGAAGUGCGGAGCUUUUCUCAACUCAGGAACGAAUUCGCAGAUGUCGACACCUUCUACUUGGGGGCAGGGAGUGUCGGUGGUGCGGUAACUCCAGGGGUGAUGCUCUCUCCCGUGCGUAGGGCGAGGUCCAGGGCCCCUCAGACUGCGAUAGUGGAAGACCUGAGUAAGCAGAGGAGGGCGAGGAGUAAAAGUAGACCUCGGGCCCUGUAUGCGCCUGAGAACGAAAUCGUUAGGACCAACGACUACACCUUACUAGAAGUUUUGAAAGAAGAACCAGUUCGAGUGACAAUAAAAGGUCUCAGAAGAACGUUCUACCCACCAAUCCAUCAUGCACCUGUAGACAACACCCCUCCAGAGAAGAAAAUGCAGUUAGAAUGGGUAUACGGAUAUCGAGGAACAGAUUCAAGAAGAAACCUCUGGGUCUUACCAACAGGAGAGUUACUCUAUUUCGUUGCUGCAGUUGCUGUUAUGUAUGACAGAGAUGAGGAAACCCAGAGGCACUAUAUCGGGCAUACUGAAGAUAUACAGUGCAUGGAUCUACAUCCAUCUAGAGAAAUGGUAGCUUCAGGUCAACGAGCUGGUAGGAAUAGAAAAACUCAAGCCCAUAUUAGGAUUUGGAGUACCGAAACUUUACAAACACUAUAUGUUUUCGGAAUGGGGGAGUUUGAAGUGGGGGUAGCGGCUGUGGCAUUUUCACAACUGAAUGGCGGUAGUUACGUUUUAGCAGUAGAUGCUGGAAGAGAAAGCAUACUCUCGGUUUGGCAAUGGCAGUGGGGACACCUGCUGGGGAAAGUUGCAACUCUGCAAGAGGAGCUAACAGGAGCUGUAUUCCAUCCUCUAGACGACAACUUGAUGAUUACACACGGAAAAGGGCAUCUCACUUUUUGGAAUCGACGGAAAGAUGGGUUUUUCGAAAGAACUGACAUAAUAAAACCACCUCUGAGGACUUUAAUCACCUCUCUUCAGUUCGAACAAGACGGAGACGUCAUAACUGCCGAUAGCGACGGAUUCAUAACCAUUUACAGCGUCGAUGCCGACGGUGCAUAUUUCGUCAAAAUGGAAUACGAGGCACACAACAAGGGUGUUAGUUCGCUGAUAAUGUUAUCGGAAGGCACCCUUCUGUCCGGAGGGGAGAAAGAUAGAAGGAUAGCCGCGUGGGACUCGUUACAAAAUUAUAAGAAAAUCACGGACACGAAGCUACCAGAACUUUUUGGGGGAGUGAGGUCAAUUUAUCCUCAAAGACCUGGAAGAAAUGAUGGUAAUAUAUAUGUCGGAACCACGAAGAACAAUAUUCUAGAGGGAUCGUUACAAAGAAGAUUCAAUCAGGUGGUUUUUGGACAUGGAAGACAAUUAUGGGGGCUUGCGGUUCAUCCGGAUGAUGAGAUUUUCGCUACGGCUGGACACGACAAGAAUAUAGCUUUAUGGAGGAAGAACAAACUGAUUUGGGUAACUCAGGUCUCCUUCGAAUGUAUUUCGCUCAGCUUUCAUCCAUUUGGUGUUGCUCUUGCUGUUGGAAGUACAGAAGGACAUCUUAUAAUAAUCAACUCGGAAACCGGAGUGGUCGUUAAUACCAUAAGGGUUUGCGGGUCACCACUCAACUGCGUUGGAUUCAACCCCUCUGGUGAACUAAUAGCUAUCGCUUCCCAAAACGGCAGCAUAUACCUCUUUAGGGUGAGCAGGGAUGGUUACUCCUACAAAAAGUCGAAUAAAAUACGUGGUUCUCAAGGACUCAUGCAGAUGGACUGGAGUUCGGAUAGUAAUUUCCUCCAAACCGUCACAGCCGAUUAUGAUCUUUCAUUCUGGGAUGUCAAAUCUCUCUCGCCAGAGAAAAGCCCCAUCGCGAUGAAAGACGUGAAAUGGUACACUCACAACUCCACUGUUGGAUUCAUGGUUGCAGGAAUUUGGAACAACAGGUUUUAUCCAAUGGUUUCCAUUAUAAGUACGGCAAGUAGAUCAGCAGCACAUGACUUAUUGAUAUCUGGUGAUACAGAUGGUUACCUCAGAUUAUUCAGAUAUCCUUGCUUGAAUCCGAAAGCUGAAUAUAACGAAGAGAAAGUCUACAGCGGCACCGUAGCUUGCGCGAGAUUCCUCUUCAACGACCGAAACGUCGUGACGGUCGGUGGCACUGACGCCUCCCUUAUGCUCUGGCAGCUCGUAGAAGAAUAGCAGACUCCCCACAUGUACUUGCCCUUCCUGAGGAAUAAUAAUAAUUACGAGAAACAAGUUGAAUCGGAUUUCGGGUCAGAUUCAGACAGCACAACAUUUGAAGUUCUGAAUUUACACUACUGAGGACGAUGGAGUUGAAACGUACUCUGAUACGGGAUACAGUAUACCUUUUGCUACUUUAUAGGUAUAAAAAAAUAUUUGUGGAUUGGUGAAAGUGGUAAAGCGACUGAUGAGAAUUUGGUAAUUGGCUUAGGAAUGAGACUAACACUGUCCAAUUUAAGAAGAGAAAUUCGAGAAUUCUCACUACCUGCUCAUUUCCUGGCGGAAUGAAUAUAAGAUUUCCUUAUAUUUCAAUUAUUUACCUAAUAAUUAUUCAUUUGUAUUAGGACGAAAGAGGAUGGAAACUAUCCGAGAUUAUUAUUGCAACCUAAUACUCUCACCGUCUUCUAACGCGCAACUAGUGGGCAGG